CCCGGGGGCAAGCAGGCAAACUCGAUGAGAAUCACCAUGGAGAGGCAUGUUGCAUGAAUAAAUAUAUGAAGGCUGUGGGCGUAAAAAAUAUCAGCGCUGUGUUACAUGGUUCAUGUUUGUGGAAUCAUCCUGUUAGUGAGUCCACGGGUAAUCUCGAUCCUUUUCGUCCCGCCCUUCGGACACCAAACGUAUUUUAGCUCCGUUGGUCCCAUCGCCCUUCUGCCAAAUUACGUUUGUUGCCAUGUGCUUUUGAAUUGCCAAAACAAUGAGCUCCUACUUGUGGUAUUCCUACUAUACACUUCAAAUGCGGUCAGCACAAUAUAGGUGAAGUCCAGUACGACAGACAACAUGUGGGUGGGCGGUAUCUUAUUGACAGAUUAAGUAACCGUGAACGACCAGUUAUUCAAAGCUAUUACGCAAUGGGU